ACCGAUAAUUCCCAUCCCCGAGUAAUGGAUAUUUUUACCUCCUCUCACAUCGGAUGAAGUGAAAACAUUAGCGCUUUCUUUAGUGAUAAGUAUGAGUUCUCAUAUUAUCACCCCUGGACCGUACCGAGCAACAAAACUGUGGAAUGAAGUCACACGUCUGUUUCGGGCUGGCAUGCCUCUUAGGAAACACCGCCAAAACUUCCGGCACUAUGCCUCCUGCUUCACUGCCUCUGCUGCUGUGGAGUGGCUGCACCAGCUGCUCUGUAGCAACAGCAAUUUUGGCCCUGAUGUCACCAGGCAACAGACGGUACAGCUCCUGAAGAAAUUUCUGAAGAACCAUGUGAUUGAAGAUGUGAAGGGUCGCUGGGGCACUGAGGAUCUGGAGGACAACAACUCACUGUACAGAUUCCCAUCCACUUCUCCUCUUAAACCAAUUCCCCGCCCAGCCCCCAGCUCCAUAAAGAAAAGACCUUCAUUCAGGGACAAAGAGGGUUUCUUCAGGUUUAGGAGUAUCAAGAAGAACGAGAAGGAGACACAAGAGAAUGUAGAUCCUUCCCUCCCAGCAGAGGAAGAGAAUCAGCCAACAGGAGAGCAGCAGCUGCUGAGACGAGAGCUGACAGUAGAAGACGAACAGGACAUCUGGAGAGACAUCACCCUGACCCACCUGCAGAGGAUUCUAGGUGUUGCAUCUCUUGAUGAGGUUUUAAACCAGCGUUACGUAAACCCACAGAACAUCAUCCAUAAUAUGACCAAAGUCAACAAGCAUGGAGUGGUCACGCUGGACGACAAGACCAAUGACCUUCCACACUGGGUUUUGUCUGCCAUGAAGAGCCUGGCCAACUGGCCAAAGUACGACAGCGCACAGCCGUCAUAUCCCGGCUUUGAGAGAGAUGUCUUCAAAACAGUGUCUGAUUACUUCUACAGCCUUCCACAGCCGUUACUCACAUACGAACUGUAUGAACUGUUUAUCAACGUCCUAGGCCUUCCCCAGCCUCAGUGUGAGCGUGUAGCCAUCGAGGCCCUGCAGCUUUGCACCCUCCUGCUCCCCCCGACCUCCCGCAGGAAGUUGCAGCUCCUCAUGAGGAUGAUGUCACGCAUCAGCCAGAAUGUGGACAUGCCUCGCCUCCACCCCGCCAUCGGCACCAGAACGCUGAUGGUUCAUACCUUUUCAGGCUGUGUCCUCGGCAGCGCUGAGGAGUGUGAUUUGGACGAGCUGUUAGCCACAAGGCUGGUGUCAUUUCUAAUGGACCAUCAAGAAAGCAUCCUCUCAGUUCCUGAGUACCUGCGCAGUGCUAUCAAUGAUCACAUACAGUAUCUGCGCACAGUACAGGUCCCCAUCGAUGGUGUUUCUGAUAUUGAUGCCGGCGAUCCAGUUUGCGCCCCAGUGCCUGUGUUUGCGUUCUGCCGUCAGAUAAGCGGUGCUGAGUUUGAACAGCAAAAGCUGGCAUCUUCCCAGAAGGCCAUGGAGGAGUUACUGGAGAUCCUGCUGACAGACCAAAACAUCACUGAGAAGGACAGACGCAAGAAACUGAAGCAGUUUCAGAAGCAGUACCCAGACAUCUACAGUCGUCGGUUCCCCCCCUCAGACAGGGAGAGCAAGGCAGACAACAAGCCAAAGAUUAAACCUCCCCUCAUCAACAUCAAGAAGACCAAAGCUUUCAGCAUCAGGAACUAAACUAACCAAGUGUCAUCGGUGUAGAAGCCACAGUCAUUACAUCAUUUUUGCUGCACUAUAACUGCACUGACGCUGCGCUCCUAAGAGAUUUGUAAAAAACGUUCUCUUCUCUUUGCAGCCAUUAACUUUACAUUGUUACAUUGGAAACACUGUUAUUCCUGUUGUGUCUCGUGAAUGGGGUUAUAAGAGAGUUAGUGCAGGCUGGGAGACUUCUACAAUGGUUAAUGUGUGUAUUCAUGUGUGUAUGUUUGUGAUGUGUGUUGACAGCUUAGUAAGAUGAAGGCAGGUGGACAGACAGUAGCUCCUUAGAGCAGUUCAUAUUGAUUAUUGUGUUCACGUAUAACAUGGUUUUAUGAAGCAGGGUUUUUUGUUAAAUGUUCUUUGUGUUUAGUGAGAUCUGUUUACCCAUUUCCUUCUCACCCCACCUUCAUUCUCUAUUGCUAGGUAAUAUAAUACUGACAUACGUGUGUGUGUGUGUGUGUGUGUGUGUGUGUGUGUGUGUGUGUGUUUGUAUGUGUAGCUUCAGAGUGCAUUUUGGGAGAAAUAUAUGCAAUUCUGGGAUCACUUCUCCACAUGGGAAUAACUAGAUUAUAGAUUAAUUUAUAAGUGAUGAAACUGGGAGUAGUGUUAGAAAUAUCUUUGCUUGAAGUCUUUUUGUCAUGUUAACCAUGUUUUUAUAGACUUAACUAAAUGUUUUAUAUCAUAGAUUCUCAAGUUUUAUUUGAAAUGCUUGUUAGUUUUGAACCUUCCCUUUUUCUCAAAUUUUAUGUCUCGUCAUUCUUGUCUUUUGCCUCUAGGGUUUUCUGUUGCUUUCAUUUGUGUGUGUGUGUUUUUUUGUUUUGUUUUGUUUUUUAGGUUUUCCGCAAGAGAGCUCUUUUGAGUUUCAUAAUCUCCAAUUUUUCAUGUUCAACUCAACUUUCAUAGUUCUUGUUUGUGUGUUUCGUCUCGAAUACAUCCCUGGUUAGUUUAUUGGAUAGAGCAAUGAUUUGCACUGGGUUUAGGCACUGUGAAUGGCGAGCAAGCUAAUGUCAAUCAUCAGAAUUGUUAAUUUAUACAUAUUUAAUGCAUGUUAGACACCCUAAAGACGGUUUCACCAGACAUCUGUCAUAUUUUGGGGAAAUGGUUGCUACGGCUAAUACUUAAAGUCUCAUGAGAUUACAAUGAGAGUAGUUGAUGGCUAGUGGCAUCCAUUAAUUUUACCAAUGGAUUUUAAGAUGACGUGCAGUAAAGAACCCACAUUAUGUCAGGUGUUUGAGGAAACUAAAACUUGACUCAAAAUGCCAAGCUUUGUUUUUAUGUCUUAGGCUGUAUGAAGUAUUAGUUCUAUCUGAUGUAUGUGUAUUUGUCUAUACCUCAGAUCAAAUGGUGUGUGUGUGUGUAACCAUGUGCGCACUCAUCAGCAGUGUUUUUGGCAAAGACCUUUACAGAGGAAUGUAUGUUAUACACUUCCUCUACAUUGUUUACUAUGCAAAGU